UCUAAGAUAAUAUAGAUCCUGACGGGGACACGGACAGCAGUGUGGAUCGAUAACAAACUAGACUUGGUGGACUAUUAUGACUGUAGUUACAUGCAGCUAGUCGACGUAUUAUCUUUUAAAAGCCACAAUCACUGUCGAGCAACUUAAGACAGCGGAGACAAUGGAAAGAAAAAGUUUACCCGUUCAGCGUAUUCUCAACAAGCCACAGAUAGUCCGCAGUCUGGGCAGCAACCUUAACUCAAACAUGAAUGCCAGUUCAUCCUUGGCUGGACGCUCACUCCUGACCAAAGUGCAGCGCAGCAGACACAAGCACCUCUACGACAUGAACCAUCAAAUCAGGGCUAAGCCGGAUUUAAAUACAACACUACCGGUCAGACAGACAGCAUCCAUCUUCAAACAACCAGUUACCAAGGUAACUAAUCAUCCCAACAACAAGGUGAAGACAGACCCACAGAAGGCUGUGGACCAACCCAAACAACUCUUCUGGGAGAGGAAGUUGAGCGGGUUAAAUGCGUUUGAUAUCGCAGAGGAGCUUGUGAAAACUAUGGAUCUCCCCAAAGGCUUACAAGGUGUUGGCCCUGCAUCUUCAGAUAAAACGCUCCUCUCUGCUAUCGCCAGUGCACUGCACACCAGCCAUGCGCCCGUCACUGGGCAGCUAACUGCAGCUGUGGAGAAAAACCCUGGAGUAUGGCUCAACACGGGACAGCCUCUCUGCAAAGCAUUCGUGGUGACUGAUGAUGACAUCAGGAAGCAGGAGGACCUGGUGCAGAGUGUGAGGAGGCGGCUGGAGGAAGCCCUCACAGCUGACAUGUUGGCUCACAUAGAGGACACCGCCGCAGAAACAGCUGCCAACAAAGAAGAGGAAAAGGGUGAGCAGGUCAACAAGGAGGAAUUAUAGCCAAGGCAGACACAAUUCCAGGACUGGUGCUCAUCUGACCUGAAGUUUUCUCAUAAACUCUUCUUUUUAAAAUAAUUGGCUCAAUAAAGUUUUUUAUACACUUUAAAUUAAAAAUAGACCCUAAAUGCAGAUGUUUUGCAUAUUCCAUUGACCUAAAAAGACUGAUUUUAUUUUAGUGACAAUGAAAUCCCAAAAAGGUGCUUUGAGUUUCAGUUCACGUUUACCUCGACUUAUGAUCGCAGUUGUGAAAGGUGCUUUAAACAAUGCAGUGUUGAUUUAGUUAACAGCUGUUCAAGUAAAAAAAAAAAAAAACAUGAUGUUUAUUUGUGUGGGAAUGUGUUGAAUGUAUCGGUUCAUGGUGAAAGUGUUUUUUUUUUCUAAACUGUUCAUUGAGAACAUUUUGCUUUUUUUAUAUUUUCCUCUGGCACUAUAGGUCAUGUGUUAAAAUGUUUGGAAGCAUAGAAAUGUUGCAGUAUGUUUACAUUCGGCUGUGAUAACUAGAAAUUUUUAACUUGUUUUAUUUCAAGGUUUUACUGUUAAAAUUACUGUUAUUUCUUACAGUAACCUCAGUUUACAUGGUUUUGAAGUACGAGUCAUGUUAUUUGUAUUCACAAAGGAAUAAUCAGUGUUGUUUUUUUGCCAACAUCUUCAUACUGUAUUAGAAGAUACAGAUAAGAAUAACAUGCUGAUGUACCUCAUAACAAGAUGUACUAUACCUCAUUACAAAAAUUUCUUUUUGUCAGUGUCAAAUAAAUUCAGCUUGCAAAUC